CUGGGCUCCGCACUCCCCACUCCCCGCACCCUCGAGCUCUAGCCUCCCAGCUGUCCGCAGCAGGCUCUGUGUGGCCCCCAGACAGCCGCAGCGAUGGGCAUCCGAGCCAUGCUGCGAGCCGCCGCGCUCCUGCUGCUCAUCAGGACUUGGCUGGCCGAGGGCAAUGACCCCCAGCCCACCCCACACUUCCAGUUGGAGUUCUCCUCCGCCCUACCCAAAAUCGUCGUGGAUCUCUUCAAGUGCAAAAACUGCGCACAUGGAGCUGUGGUUCAAAAGAUUUUGGACAGAGUGCUGUCGAAAUAUGAUGUCCGUCUCAGACCCAAUUUUGGAGGUGCCCCUGUGCCUGUGGGAAUAUCUAUCUAUGUCUCCAACAUUGAACAAAUCUCUGAAAUCAAUAUGGACUAUACAAUCACAAUGUUUUUGCAUCAGACAUGGAAGGACUCACGGUUAUCAUACUAUGAAACCAACCUGAACUUGACCCUGGACUAUCGGAUGCAUGAGAAGUUGUGGGUCCCUGACUGCUACUUUCUGAAUAGCAAAGAUGCCUACAUCCAUGAUGUCACUGUGGACAAUCGGGUGUUUCAGCUCCACCCAGAUGGGACAGUGCGGUAUGGCAUCCGACUUACUACGAAAGCAGCCUGUUCCCUGGAUCUGCAGAAAUAUCCUCUGGACAAGCAGGCCUGCAAGCUGGAGGUGGAGAGCUAUGGCUACACUGUGGAAGACAUCGUGUUAUCCUGGGAAGACAAUGAGAAUGCCAUCCGCAUGGCAGAGUCGCUGCAAAUCCCUCAGUUUGCUUUCCUGGGAAGGACAAUUACUAGCAAGGAGGUGUAUUUCUACACUGGUUCCUACAUGCGCUUGGUACUGAACUUCCAGGUCCAGAGGGAAGUCGGUAGUUACCUGGUGCAAGUCUAUUGGCCCACAGUCCUCACCACCGUUCUCUCCUGGAUAUCUUUUUGGAUGAACUAUGAUUCUUCUGCAGCCAGAGUGACAAUCGGCUUAACUGCAAUCCUUGUCCUGACGACCAUCGACUCCCACCUGCGGGAAAAACUUCCCCAUAUUUCGUGUAUCAAGGCCAUUGAUAUCUAUAUCCUCGUCUGCCUGUUCUUCGUGUUCCUGUCCUUGCUGGAGUACGUCUACAUCAACUAUCUUUUCUUCAGCGAAGGACCUCGGCGCCACCGUAGGCGACAGAGGAGACCCAGAAGAGUUGUUGCCCACUAUCGCUACCAGGAAGUGGUGGUGGGAAAUGUUCAGGAUGGCCUGAUUAACGUGGAAGACGGAAUCGGCUCUCUUCCUGCCAACCCUGUGCAGGCCCGCCUGGCAAGCCCAGAAAGCCUCGGCUCUUUGGCGUCAACCUCAGAGCGGGCUCCUCUGGCCACCCCGGAAAUCCUCAGCCCACUAUCUUCUCCCUUGGGCUGGGCCCAGCUGGCCACUGGAGAAAGUCUGAGCGAUCUCCCCUCCACCUCUCAGCAGGCUCUGCAUGCUUAUGGCUCUGGCUUUGCCAGUGUGCACUCUGAUGACUCUGUUACCCCUGUCGAAAUCCACAAUCCUGAAGAGGCCCAUGGGUAUGCUGAAACCUCUGAUGAUGAAGACUAUGAAGACUAUGAAGACGACAUCCUGAGCCUGGAUGAGACCCAGGACCAUGGCCCCAGCAGUAGCCUUCUGCUGCCCCAUGGCCAGAGGUGUGUGGAAGAAGAAAGCUGGGACCUUGAUAAGAUCCAGAGCUUACCCGAUGACAUCAAUGAUGAGAACACCAGCCUUGACCUUGAGGAGCAACACAAGGGCAAUACUGACAGUGUCUGGAGCCUUAAAGAUGAUGAUUUCCUGGCCUAUGACCAAGAAAAGGACAGUGGCUCAGAUUCUGAGGACAGUCGUCCCCCCAGCCCUGGGUGCUCCUUCACUGAAGGGUUCUCCUUCCACCUCUUUAACCCUGAUUAUGUCCCUAAAAUUGAUCGGUGGUCCCGGGUCCUCUUCCCCCUUUCCUUUGCGUUGUUCAAUGUGGUUUACUGGCUCUACCAUUUCUAUUAGUUCCCCGUGGCCAGAGCAGCAUGGGACACCUGCUCUGCUCCCUUCUCUCAGUUUUGUUUUUCUUCUUUCCUCUAUUCAUUUUAUUUGGUGGUUAUUUUGGCAAUCUAAUCAGUUCAACACUUCUCUUUAUUAUCAUGAGGUAGAGAGUAGUUGAAGGAACAUGAUCUGGCCAGAGGGGAAGGAAUUGAGGAGAGUUGGAGGUAAAUAGCACAUUGAUUUCCUUUUCUGCUAGAAGACUCUCGCCUUUUCAAACACUUCUAACAGUUAAUAAGCAUGGAAAAGCCCCUGGAAAUGUUUCGAGAUAAGCCAGGUUGGGAAGAAAAGUAAGGAUGUGAGGCUUGCUCACACACAUUUCUGGGGGCUUUUGUGUCCCUUGAGGUAUCAAAUGUUCUUUUUCAUUACUCUUUUUCUUUGUUCUUUAUUUUUCUUCCUAGGGGUCUUGGACCUUUGUGGGAGCAAACCAAGCUAGGCUGG